CUUUACCGCCAUCGUGCGUGCGUGUUGACGACUGCACUGCCGCCGAAUGAGCCGAAUGAACUUCUAGACGGUCGUCGAACGACGAACGAGGAACGUGAACCGCAACCGAUUCUCACUUCUUGUUUGUGUUUCACAUUGUAAUAUCCGAAAUUUUCCAACACAAGUGACUAAUUAAUUAAGUGAUAUUCGUUUUAUUGAUUUCUGCACCAGAAAACUAGAAACAUUCUACCUGCGUUGGUGAUCAAUCGGCAAAAGUGUUUGUGUAUUGCUCGUGCGAGAAUCAUGGCUUAUCGGUUCCAAUAGACACAUUCCAGAAGCUCAGGAUACUUUACAAUUGAUUUUUCACCAGACAGAACAGGUAUUCAAUCGCAACCUUUCAAUAUUUUGUUAAGAGCCUUCAUAAACGUUGAUAACUCGCUGUAAAACUGGGGUAUAAGGAAGCAACUGGCACCAAAAUGGUGGACUACUACAGAGUCCUCGAGGUGCCAAAGAGUGCUACUACAGCUGAAAUUAAAAAAUCGUACAGAAAACUCGCUCUAAAAUGGCAUCCAGAUAAAAACAACGAUAACGUUGAUGAAGCUACAAAGAAAUUCAAAGAAAUCUCCGAGGCAUAUGAAGUUCUCUCAGACGAUUCGAAGAGAAAAAUUUACGAUGCUCGAGGUACUCGAAGUUCGACGACCAGAUCAUCGAGGAGUUACAGAAGCUAUUUCGAUCUCCACAACCCGUUUUCUCAACGUUACUUCGAUAAGAAGAGGCGAAUGUAUGAUCAAUACGGAAAAGACGGUCUGCUCAAUGGUGGAAGUCGAGGCCGGAGUCGUCAUGAGGAUGACUUCGACUUUGGCGGGUUUAGUUUCUUCAGCUUUAGAGAUCCUGAGGACGUAUUUAGAGAAUUUUUCGGAGCUAAUGAUGUUUACGACCUUUUAGCAGGAUUGAACGAUCCGCACCGAUCUGAACGCCAACGUCACCAUCACCGAGCCAACCGUCAUUCCCACCCUCAGAACCAGCUGAGCAAUCACAGUCUAUUCGCACCCUUCAGCCUCCUUGGAGGUGGUUUCAUGGAUGAUUUCUUCGGUCAGGCAGCGGGUGGUCAUCAUGGAGGUCAUAGAGGUUUCUCCUCUUUUAGUACAAUGAACAGUUCUUUCACUAACGGAGCUUCAGGAUUACCUAGCGGCGCUAACGUGAAACGCACCUCAACGUCCACUCGGUUCGUCAAUGGCAAGAAAAUCACUACUAAGAAGGUUUUUGAUAAUGGAAAAGAAACAGUGAUGUCUUACGAGAACGACGUGCUGAAAUCAAAGACUGUCAACGGCGUUCCUCAAAGCUUGACCUAUAGUUAAGCCGCCAGCUCCGUCAUCACUUCUAUUUGAUGCGAUUAGCUCUUAUAAUACUUACUAUCUACCCAGUAAAUAUUUAAUGAAAAUGAAAUAUAAUCAUUGUGAUUCUUGGUGUUAAAAUUUGUCGCAAAAGAAGGCCAGUAGCCAAACAAUAUUUCAGUGUCAAUAUACUUAAGGAUACUACUCUACUAUGGUUACAUUUUAUUUUUUUAUUACUUGUAUAUCUGCUCCUAUUAUAAUUCUGUUUUCAGAAUUUAGAUGGUAUCUUUUAAUAAGAUUCGUAUGGGUAGUGUUGAAGGAAAAGGGGGUGAUCAGUUUCUGUCGCAGUGUGCGUUUUUUUUCAGUUGGGUUACAAGCAGUAGUUGAUUAUGUUUUAUAUUAUAUUUUUGUUUUUUCAAGGGAAUUUGAUGUUUUUGUGAACACACAUUUUGGUAUUCGUUAUUAAGCCAAUGUUCGAUAAGAUUUUAUUAGUGGCGUUCAAAACGUGUGGGAAGUGCAAAAUAUUGACGUGAUGCAAGCAAUUCGAUUGAUAUCAUUUUUCGCACUUCUAAAUGUUACGAGCUAAUUUUUCUUUAAUUAAAAAAAUUGUAAAGAUUGGUUGGCUAGAUGCUUUUUCAGCUUCUGGGUAAUAAGGUCAUUGUGGAAGGCUGUUCCCCCUUUAUAAUCGGGCGUAAAAUGAGUUUCUGUUUGCAAAGUUAUUCUAGACGAACCCCAAAACGGAGUUUAGUUUGUAUUUCAUAUGAUUUGGUGAGGUGUAUGCUACACAUCUAUGCUCAGUUAAUCUAAAAUGUCUCAAUUGUAUUUUAACAUAUUAUUUACGCAAGACUGCUAAUUUUAAAAACGAGCUUACUAAUUGAAGUAACUGAAGUGAAAAUCACACGACUUUCAGGAGCCGUCAUAUUAGGCAUUACAUUUUUAGGAUAGUUCACAUUUUACUAGAAUUAAAUAGUUUAAUUUUAUAUUGUAACUGUUGCGUUUUUUUUUUCUUGUCACAUUUAAUUAGCAUUAGGAAUUGAAAUUACCUUCUCCUCGCACACAGUGAUGUACAUGUUAAGCUUACAGUUGUGUGCAUGUACAGAUACUUAAUGGUAAUUAAUAAAACUAUGUAUUAAA